UUUAGGGAGGGGACGGUGAUUUUUUUUUUUUUAAUGACCAUACUUUCUGCUCAACUUUAAUUUCCACGUCAACUCGGACAGAUUUCUGUCAGCUGUGUCGGAUUAAUCUCUGGUCUCGACGAUGGCUUCUUCGCCUCAGAAGUCUCCGUCUUCUCCAAAGUCCCCGACGCCCAAGUCUCCCUCCUCCAGAAAGAAAGAUGACUCGUUUCUAGGAAAACUUGGUGGAACUUUGGCGAGAAGGAAAAAAGCUAAAGAAGUAUCCGAGCUUCAGGAGGAGGGGAUAAAUGCCAUCAAUCUUCCUCUCAGUCCUUCACACUAUGAGCUUGACCCUGAGGACACCAUGCUAGAGGAGAAUGAAGUGCGCACCAUGGUGGACCCCAACUCCAAGAACGAUUGCAAACUGCAGGAGCUCAUAAAGGUGUUGAUCGACUGGAUAAAUGACGUCCUGGUGGGCGAGAGGAUCAUUGUGAAGGACCUGACUGAAGAUCUGUAUGAUGGGCAGGUUCUGCAGAAGUUAUUUGAAAAGUUGGAAGGUGAGAAACUGAACGUCGCAGAGGUGACUCAAUCUGAGAUCGCCCAGAAGCAGAAGCUGCAGACUGUUUUGGAGCGCAUCAACGAAUCGCUCAAGCUGUCCACCAGAAACAUCCGCUGGAAUGUCGACUCGGUCCAUGCUAAGAGUAUAGUCGCCAUCUUGCACCUGCUGGUGGCGCUGUCACAACACUUCAGAGCACCAAUCAGAUUGCCAGACCAUGUUUCUAUUCAAGUAGUGGUGGUUCAGAAGAGAGAGGGCAUCCUUCAGUCCCGGCAGAUCCAAGAAGAAAUCACUGGUAACACAGAGGCUUUUUCUGGCAGACAUGAGCGCGAUGCUUUUGACACCCUGUUCGACCACGCUCCAGAUAAGCUGAAUGUUGUCAAAAAGACUUUGAUCACUUUUGUGAACAAACACCUAAACAAGCUCAAUCUAGAAGUGUCUGAACUGGACACACAGUUUGCAGAUGGGGUUUAUCUGGUGUUGCUGAUGGGUCUGUUGGAAGGAUACUUUGUGCCACUCUACAACUUCUUCCUCACACCUGAGAAUUUUGACCAAAAGGUUCACAACGUGUCGUUCUCUUUUGAGCUGAUGCAGGACGGAGGCCUGGAGCGACCAAAGCCCCGACCUGAGGAUAUUGUGAACUGCGACCUUAAAUCAACUCUGCGUGUCCUGUACAACCUUUUCUCCAGGUACAGAAACGUGGACUGAGCGUUACACUUCACAAGUGGGAACACGUUAUAGCAACCACAACAUUCUUAUCAAUGUUUUGUAUCCUCUGUGUGUUUUUUAUAUUUUAUUUUUUAACAAAUGCAUGAAUCGCAUUCAGUCUGCUAGAUAAGAAAUCACACAAAUCUGUAUCUACUUCCACUUCUGCAGAGACAUGCAGCUUUUUUAAAAUACAUAAAUAAAAUAAAACUUUUUGUGAAAAAUUGCAGGAAAGUCUUGCAGAUUUAGAGCUGAAAAACAUUCAGACAUAUUAUCAAAGCUUAGUUAAGUCCAUUGGUGUGUUACCACAAAUAAAUAUCAUGACCACAUUUCAGAUUAUCUUUAUAUUUUAUCUGAAAAGCAAAAGAAAGAAAAGAACGUUUAUGCGUAUUUAUUGUGCAUUUUGAUACCCCUUUUCCAGCUGUUAGAAAAUGUCCUCCAGGUUUGUUUAUGUUCUCAUAAGUGCCUUUAUUUAAACCUGUGAAUACUAUCAGCUUGAUACUAGGAGGAAUGUGCUCCAGCUGUCUUAAUGCUCCAGAUUUCUGUUGCAGACAAAGUAAAACCCUAAAGAUUUUUGACCAAAGCUUUGCUGUACUCGCAUAAUUAAACAUAAAGAUUUUGCUAAGCAACUCCUUACCUUUCUGUAUUUUCUUCCAUAAAAUUUGUUUUCUUUUUAACUGAGGUGCAUAAGCAUCUAAAAAACCUUUAUACAUUUUUUAUAUAUAUAUAUAUAUACAGUAUAUAUGUGCAUCAGAUGUUAAAGACAGCUUUCUGCUAAAGACAACUCUAUCAUGGUUUGAACAUUCUGUAAUGUUUCUGUUUAUGCUCUUAUGCUCUACAUUCAAUAAACAUUUCAGUGUCUGAA